AUGUCCUCCUAAGAAAAAGAAGAUUAAUAAUAAUACACAAUUAAAUAAAGCUAAAUAGUUGAUUGGAAAAAAGAAAUCUAAGUUCAUGGAUUGAAAUAUAUAUAGACAAAUAAAUUUAAAUACGAGGGUUUUUAAUUUAAUGAAAGAAAUUAUGGAGUAACAGUAGAUUAUAAAUUUUUAAAUACUAUUUUAUCGAACGAUUAUUUAGAAAGUCAACAUAUACAAUUUUUUAUGAAUUUAUUUAAAUAAGUAUUUAAAGAAAAAUUGGUAAAAUAAAAGAAUAAUUUAAUAGAUUGCGCCUGCUUUUUGUCACUUUUUUGCAGAAUUCUAUACACAAUCAACAGAAUAAAUUUCUUGGAAUUUUAAUAAAUUAAUAGAUUUUGAUAAAAGUAACAUAUAAGCUGUGGGUUAAAGUGAAAACAAUAAUUCUUCGUGGAAAUUUGAAAAAGAAUAAAAAUAAUAGUCAGAUUAGAACGUGUAAGUUAAAUAUGAUAAUGAAAAAGAUUCAGAUUAAGAUUAAGAGGAAAUUAUAGAAAUUAAAGCAUAAGAUGAAGAUGAUGAAAAUCUAAAUAUGAAUGAGUACAAAAAUGAAAAAAUAUAAAUAGAAAAAAUAAUGGAUAAAAAAAUAUAUGAUGAAGAAAUGUGUUAAAAAAAUAAUGAAAAUAUAAAUUUUUAAGAAAUAUAAAUAGUAGUAGGUAACGAUUAUAAAUAAAAUGAUAACUAGGAAAUAAAACAAAUUAAUAGUUAAGAAUAAAAUUUAGAAAAUGAAAAAAAUAAUAUAGAUUUAGUGGAGCUAACUGAAACUAAUCAAAAUUGGUAGGUAGUAAAGGUAGAAUAGAACGAAAAAUAAAACGACUAAAAUAAAUAGUAACUUGAAUCUAAUAUAUAAAAUAUAAAUAAUGAAUAGGAAGUUUAAAAUACAAAUAUUUCCAAUUAAAGUUAAAUAGCAGUAACUCAAACUAAAUAAGAUAAUGUAAUUAUUGAAUAAGAAAACUAACAUGAAUUAACUUAAUAAGAUCAAGAUAAACUUGAAUCUAAUAAAUAAGAUAUAAAUAUUGAAUAGGAAGUUUAAAAUACAAAUAUUUCCAAUUAAAGUUAAAUAGCAGUAACUCAAACUAAAUAAGAUAAUGUAAGUAUAGAAUAAGAAAACUAACACGAAGUAACUUAAUAAGAUCAAGAUAAACUUGAAUCUAAUAAAUAAGAUAUAAAUAAUGAAUAGGAAGUUUAAAAUACAAAUAUUUCCAAUUAAAGUUAAAUAGCAGUAACUCAAACUAAAUAAGAUAAUGUAAUUAUAGAAUAAGAAAACUAACAUGAAGUAACUUAAUAAGAUCAAGAAUAACUUGAAUCUAAUAAAUAAAAUAUAAAUAAUGAAUAGGAAGUUUAAAAUACAAAUAUUUCCAAUUAAAGUUAAAUAGCAGUAACUCAAACUAAACAAGAUAAUGUAAAUAUAGAAUAAGAAAACUAACACGAAGUAACUUAAUAAGAUCAUGAUAAACUUGAAUCUAAUAAAUAAAAUAUAAAUACUGAAUAGGAAGUUUAAAAUACAAAUAUUUCCAAUUAAAGUUAAAUAGCAGUAACUCAAACUAAAUAAGAUAAUGUAAAUAUAGAAUAAGAAAACUAACACGAAGUAACUUAAUAAGAUCAUGAUAAACUUGAAUCUAAUAAAUAAAAUAUAAAUACUGAAUAGGAAGUUUAAAAUACAAAUAUUUCCAAUUAAAGUUAAAUAGCAGUAACUCAAACUAAAUAAGAUAAUGUAAAUAUAGAAUAAGAAAACUAACACGAAGUAACUUAAUAAGAUCAUGAUAAACUUGAAUCUAAUAAAUAAAAUAUAAAUACUGAAUAGGAAGUUUAAAAUACAAAUAUUUCCAAUUAAAGUUAAAUAGCAGUAACUCAAACUAAAUAAGAUAAUGUAAAUAUAGAAUAAGAAAACUAACACGAAGUAACUUAAUAAGAUCAUGAUAAACUUGAAUCUAAUAAAUAAAAUAUAAAUACUGAAUAGGAAGUUUAAAAUACAAAUAUUUCCAAUUAAAGUUAAAUAGCAGUAACUCAAACUAAAUAAGAUAAUGUAAAUAUAGAAUAAGAAAACUAACACGAAGUAACUUAAUAAGAUCAUGAUAAACUUGAAUCUAAUAAAUAAAAUAUAAAUACUGAAUAGGAAGUUUAAAAUACAAAUAUUUCCAAUUAAAGUUAAAUAGCAGUAACUCAAACUAAAUAAGAUAAUGUAAAUAUAGAAUAAGAAAACUAACACGAAGUAACUUAAUAAGAUCAUGAUAAACUUGAAUCUAAUAAAUAAAAUAUAAAUACUGAAUAGGAAGUUUAAAAUACAAAUAUUUCCAAUUAAAGUUAAAUAGCAGUAACCCAAAGUACAUAAGAUAAUGUAAUUAUAGAAUAAGAAAAUUAACACGAAGUAACUUAAAAAGAUCGAGAAUAACUUGAAUCUAAUAAAUAAAAUACAAAUAUUGCAUAGGAAGUUUAAAAUACAAAUAUUUCCAAUUAAAGUUAAAUAGCAGUAACUCAAACUAAAUAAGAUAAUGUAAUUAUAGAAUAAGAAAACUAACAUGAAGUAACUUAAUAAGAUCAAGAAUAACUUGAAUCUAAUAAAUAAAAUAUAAAUAAUGAAUAGGAAAUUUAAAAUACAAAUAUUUCCAAUUAAAGUUAAAUAGCAGUACACCAAAGUACAUAAGAUAAUUAAAAUAUCGAAUAAGAAAACUAACACGAAGUAACUUAAUAAGAUCGAGAAUAACUUGAAUCUAAUUAAUAAAAUACAAAUAUUGCAUAGGAAGUUUAAAAUACAAAUAUUUCCAAUUAAGGUUAAAUAGCAGUAACUCAAACUAAAUAAGAUAAUGUAAUUAUAGAAUAAGAAAACUAACACGAAGUAACUUAAUAAGAUCGAGAAUAACUUGAAUCUAAUAAAUAAAAUACAAAUAUUGCAUAGGAAGUUUAAAAUUCAACUAUUACCAAUUAAAGUUAACCAAUAGUUUAACAAUAAACAAUUCCGCUGCAACCAUAAUAAUCACCAGCCACCAAGCAAUUUACAUUUGUUAUCACAGGUAUGUCUUUCGAUUAACAAAAAAAAUAAAAAUAUUAAACUCAUAAAUUACCUAUGUUACUAAAUUAAUAUGCUCAAAUGAAUGGUCUUGUUUCAACAAAAGAUUUAAUAAACUAAGAUUUUUUAUAUUUUCCUAUAAAUUUAAGUCAAGCUCAUUGGAUUAGUGUUGUAAUAAACUUGAAAGAUAAGAAAAUAUAUUAUUUUGACUCAUAUUAUCAGAGUGUUGACCAAGAUAUAAAAGAAGCCAUAUUUAAAAUACUCGAAGAAUUAAAUUUUUAAGUUUCUACUUUUUCAUUUGAAACAAAAUGGAAUAAAUAAUCAAAUGGGUAAAAUAUUUUAUUUAAUUUAGAUUUGAUUGUGGUAUCUUUAUAUUGUUAUCAUUAUUACACACAUAUUAAGGUGAUUUAAACUUUUAAUAUGACUAGUAUAGAGCAUCUUAAUUUAGAUCUAGAAUUUUAUAUGAUUUGGCUAUUGUCGGUUCUUAAAUAAAUUUAACAAAAGAAUUAUUUGAAUCCAUUAUUUAAUGA